AGACCUGGACUGCUCCAGCUGUGUCCUGAGGAGCUGGACCAGCCACAUCCCCUGGGACUGGAGUUGAAGCAGAACCAAGUGGCCAUCCCAGCCCGUGAGAGCAGAGAUUCCUGGUUCUGAAGCCGUCAGAAUCAGUGGGCCACAACACAGCUUUUGCGUUUCAGCACACUGGCUCUCCACACAACGGAAUGGCACUGCAAGUAGAGCUGAUACCCACGGGGGAGAUAAUCCGUGUGGUUCAUCCCCACAGGCCAUGCAAACUUGCCCUGGGCAGUGACGGGAUACGAGUGACCAUGGAGAGCGCCCUGACCGCCCGAGACCGGGUGGGAGUACAGGAUUUUGUGCUGCUUGAGAACUUCACUAGUGAGGCUGCCUUCAUCGAGAACCUGCGGCGACGCUUCCGGGAGAACCUCAUUUAUACCUACAUUGGUCCUGUCCUGGUCUCUGUCAACCCCUAUCGGGACCUACAGAUUUAUAGCCGGCAGCAUAUGGAACGCUACCGUGGUGUCAGCUUCUAUGAAGUGCCACCUCAUCUGUUUGCAGUGGCAGACACUGUGUACCGGGCACUGCGCACGGAGCGCCGGGACCAGGCAGUGAUGAUUUCUGGGGAAAGUGGGGCAGGAAAGACAGAGGCCACCAAGAGGCUGCUACAGUUCUAUGCAGAGACCUGCCCAGCCCCUGAGCGGGGUGGUGCAGUGCGGGACCGGCUGCUACAGAGCAACCCUGUGCUGGAGGCCUUUGGAAAUGCUAAGACUCUGCGGAACGAUAAUUCCAGCCGGUUUGGGAAAUACAUGGACGUGCAGUUUGAUUUCAAGGGUGCCCCUGUGGGAGGCCACAUCCUCAGUUACCUCCUGGAGAAGUCACGAGUGGUACAUCAGAAUCAUGGGGAACGGAACUUCCAUGUCUUCUACCAGUUGCUGGAGGGGGGUGAGGAAGAGACCCUUCGUCGGCUGGGCUUGGAACGGAACCCCCAGAGCUACCUGUACCUGGUGAAGGGCCAGUGUGCCAAAGUCUCCUCCAUCAAUGACAAGAGUGACUGGAAGGUCGUCAAGAAGGCACUGACAGUCAUUGACUUCACUGAGGAUGAAGUAGAGGACCUGCUGAGCAUUGUGGCCAGUGUCCUACAUUUGGGCAACAUCCACUUUGCUGCUGAUGAGGAAAGUAAUGCCCAGGUCACUACUGAGAACCAGAUCAAGUAUCUGACCAGGCUCCUUGGCGUGGAAGGCACAACACUUCGGGAAGCUCUGACACACAGGAAGAUCAUCGCCAAAGGGGAAGAGCUCUUGAGCCCGCUGAAUCUUGAACAGGCUGCAUAUGUGCGGGAUGCUCUGGCCAAGGCCGUGUACAGUCGCACUUUCACCUGGCUGGUUAGGAAGAUCAACAGGUCACUGGCCUCUAAGGAUGCUGAGAGCCCCAGCUGGCGGAGCACCACAGUUCUUGGGCUCCUGGAUAUUUACGGUUUUGAAGUAUUUCAGCAUAACAGCUUUGAGCAGUUCUGCAUCAACUACUGCAACGAGAAGCUGCAGCAGCUCUUCAUCGAGCUGACACUCAAAUCUGAGCAGGAGGAAUACGAGGCAGAAGGCAUUGCAUGGGAACCUGUCCAAUACUUCAACAACAAGAUCAUCUGUGACCUGGUGGAGGAAAAAUUUAAAGGCAUUAUCUCCAUCUUGGAUGAAGAAUGUCUGCGUCCUGGGGAGGCCACAGACCUGACCUUCUUGGAGAAACUGGAGGACAGCGUCAAGCACCAUCCUCACUUCCUGACGCACAAGUUGGCUGACCAGCGAACCAGGAAAUCCCUGGGCCGGGGGGAGUUCCGUCUUCUGCACUAUGCUGGAGAAGUGACCUACAGUGUUACUGGGUUUCUGGAUAAAAACAAUGACCUUCUCUUCCGGAACCUGAAGGAGACCAUGUGUAGCUCAAAGAACCCCAUCAUGAGCCAGUGCUUCGACCGGAGUGAGCUCAGUGACAAGAAGCGGCCAGAGACGGUGGCUACUCAGUUCAAGAUCAGCCUCCUGCAGCUGGUGGAGAUCCUGAAGUCUAAGGAACCUGCCUAUAUCCGCUGCAUCAAGCCAAAUGAUGCCAAACAGCCUGGUCGCUUUGAUGAAGUGCUUAUCAGACACCAAGUGAAGUACCUAGGGCUGAUGGAGAAUCUGCGUGUGCGCAGAGCUGGCUUCGCCUAUCGUCGCAAAUAUGAGGCUUUCCUGCAGAGAUAUAAGUCACUGUGCCCUGAGACAUGGCCCACAUGGGCAGGACGGCCCCAGGAUGGGGUAGCUGUGCUGGUCAGACACCUUGGCUACAAACCGGAAGAGUACAAGAUGGGCAGGACUAAGAUCUUCAUCCGCUUUCCCAAGACCCUGUUUGCCACGGAGGAUGCUCUGGAAGUCCGUCGGCAGAGCCUGGCUACCAAGAUCCAGGCAGCCUGGAGGGGCUUUCACUGGCGACAGAAAUUCCUACGGGUGAAGCGAUCAGCCAUCUGCAUCCAGUCAUGGUGGCGUGGAACACUGGGUCGGAGGAAGGCAGCCAAGAGGAAGUGGGCAGCCCAGACCAUCCGUCGGCUCAUCCAUGGCUUCAUCUUACGCCAUGCACCCCGUUGCCCCAAGAACGCCUUCUUCCUGGACCAUGUUCGCACAUCCUUUUUGCUUAACCUGAGGCGGCAGCUGCCCCGAAAUGUCCUGGACACCUCCUGGCCCACGCCCCCACCUGCCCUACGUGAGGCCUCAGAGCUUCUACGGGAGCUGUGCAUAAAGAACAUGGUGUGGAAGUACUGCCGGAGUAUCAGCCCCGAGUGGAAGCAGCAGCUGCAGCAAAAGGCCGUGGCUAGUGAGAUUUUCAAAGGCAAGAAGGAUAAUUACCCCCAGAGCGUCCCCAGACUCUUUAUUAGCACACGGCUUGGCACAGAGGAGAUCAGCCCCAGAGUGCUGCAGGCCCUGGGCUCUGAACCCAUCCAGUAUGCAGUGCCAGUGGUAAAAUAUGAUCGCAAGGGCUACAAACCUCGCUCCCGGCAGCUGCUUCUUACACCCAGUGCUGUGGUCAUCGUGGAGGACGCCAAAGUCAAGCAGAGGAUUGAUUAUGCCAACCUAACCGGAAUCUCUGUCAGCAGCCUGAGCGACAGCCUGUUUGUGCUUCAUGUGCAGCGUGAGGACAAUAAGCAGAAGGGGGAUGUGGUGCUGCAGAGUGACCAUGUGAUUGAGACACUGACCAAGACAGCUCUCAGUGCUGAUCGUGUGAGCAAUAUCAACAUCAAUCAGGGCAGCAUCACAUUUGCAGGGGGUCCAGGCAGGGAUGGCAUCAUUGAUUUCACUUCUGGCUCGGAGCUGCUCAUCACUAAGGCUAAGAACGGCCACCUGGCAGUGGUGGCCCCACGGCUGAAUUCUCGGUGAUGAAAGGCACCACUGGACACCUUCUGACUCCCAGUGCUUUGCUUGUCUCCUCCUCCCCUCCCAGUUACCAAAGACUCUAGCUUCCAGACAGGGAUCCAGGGAUACCUCAAAGCCUACCUACAAACUCCUGCCUCCUGCUCACCCUCCCUCAAGCCAGGGAGGGGGGCCAGGGAGCUACCCCAAGAGUGGGCCAGGCCGGGCCACAGCAAUAGAAAAGCAGGGGCCAGAGUGGGCCAGGCCAACCCCUGCUAUUGCCAAAUAUCUGAGAGAAGGGAAUUUUAGCUGAGGUUUUCUCUGAGAUUUUUUUUGAUGCUUUAUAGGAAACUAUUUUUUAAAAGAAGCCAUUUUCCUUCCCUAAACACACUGGAUGUGUUUUCCCCAACUCAAAUAGGGCAAGGAAUAUAGCUGAGAGGUUGAGGGGCUGUGGGAGCCUCUGACCAAGCCUCUUGUUCCCUUGGCAUUUUGCCCAUCCACCCAUACCUUUUGCAGCCCUUUCUGACCUCCACCCAGGGGCUGAGACCACCCUUGCCUACCCCCAUCUUCCUGCCUUAAGAAUGCCCUUUUGCCAGGUGUGGUGGCGCACGCCUUUGAUCCCAGCACUUGGGAGGCAGAGGCAGGUGGAUCUCUGUGAGUUCAAGGCCAGCCUGGUCAACAUAGCAAGUUCCAGGACAGCUGGAGCUAGAGAGACACCCUGUCUGAAAAAGAGACCCCCCCCCAAAAAAAAAGAAUGCCCUUUUAGGGGCUGGGAGUAUAUGACCCAGUGGUAGAGCCGGUGCUAAGCACAUGUGAGACCCUGGAUUCAAUCCCCAGCAUUAAAAAAGUUUUAAUAUUUUCACCCCAAUCUGAGGGCAUCCUGAAAUGGGGAAGUCUUAGACUUAGAAUAUGGAAGACUUCAGAGAAAUCAUCUGCCCAGGUCUCCUAGAACUAUAGACAGAGGUCCACAGAAGGACAGUGUCUUGCCCAGUAGCAGGUUGAGGCAAACCUGGAGCAAAGCCCGUCCUCAGCACACCUCACUGCCUCUCCCAGGGACACAGAGGCCCAUAAAACAUGGGUCAUGUCUUAAGUGUGCACUUGGCUCUCUGACCAGCAAUCACCCUUGGGAGCCACCAGGUGGGAGGGGGUCUCCUUCCUGGGUCAUGCCUUAGGAUGAAACCCUCCAAUACAGACACUUUGGACCCAUUUUAAUGAGGUACAGUCUAUACUGGCCCCUGGUGCCUCUGUGGCCUGGGAGCAUGGGGAAGGGCUGGCUUUGGAGGAGCUGCAAGGGCAUCACCUCUUUCUGCCACUUCCCUUCCACCCAGAGGGCCUGGAGAUUGCCCAGCUGUCUCUGUCCUCUGGGAGUCUCAGCCCACUGCUGACACUUCUGCAAUCCAGAGAAACACUAAAUAAAGCAAUAUGUGUUUGCCAA